AUGGAAAGGGUAGCAGAUUGUACGGUAAGACUAGCUGGUGCAAAUCUUGAUGUUUCGUCAAAGCCUAUUUACUUAACUGUCUACAAGAAAGAUAUUCAAGCAGAUUUGACACUUAUUGAUUUACCAGGUAUUACUCGUAAUGCAAUUGGUGGACAAUCGAAAACUAUUUAUAAAGACAUAGUUCAACUUAUUGAACAUUAUAUUAAACCACAAACAGCUAUUGUCUUACAUGUGAUCCCUUCUUCUGUGGAUUUCACAACUUCUGAAUCGAUUCAACUUGCAAAAAACACUGAUCCUAAUUGUGAACGACAAUUAAUUGCUGUAUCAAAAAUUGACAAGUUUGACAAAGGUAUUGGUGAAAAACUGCAAGGUAUUGGACCAGGCUCAAUGGCACUUAAACUCGGUUGUGUAGCUGUACUUAAUCGUACAGAAGAAGAAAUCGAUCAAAAUAUUCCAUUUGAUGAGAUGCGACGACGAGAACAACAAUUUUUUCGUUCUCAUAAAGCUUUUGAAGAUGUACCGGAACGAUAUCUUGGUAGUGGACAACUAGUAAAACGACUUGCUUUAAUUCAACAAGAACGUAUUCGUUCAACCCUUCCAUCAAUAAUAGAUGAACUUAAAAAGGAAAUCAAGUCAAAGAAGUCUGAAAUGAAACAAAUGCCACGACAGGUCACUUCUGAAAUGGAUUGUUGGGCAUUAUAUACAGAUUUAAUUAAAAAAUAUCGUGAAAUCAUUAAUGCACGUGUUCAUGGAGUAUACGAGAAUGAGAUUCAAUUAAAAAUUGAAGUACCGGUCGUUGAAACAACUGAUUGGUCACGAAAAGCUACUCUUACACAAAUGUCUAAUGAUCAGUUCGAUGAACGCAUUGCCUUUCAACUAUAUAAUCGACAAAAAGAAUGUAAAGAAAAACUUCAUAAUUCUUUUACACAUUUCUCUUCAUCAGGAUAUCAAAAACUCGUAUUAAAGCUGCUUGAAGAAAAUGCUGGCGUUGCUUUACCUAAUUUUCCAUCAUUUAGCAUCAUUGAACGACUUUAUCGUGCUGAACAAAGCAAAUUUCGAAAACCAUGUGAAGACCUAAUUCAAUCGUAUAUUGAAUAUUUGAAAGUUAUAUUGAUUAUAAUAUUGAAUCAAGUUUUUGCUGAAGAAACAAGUUAUAAAUAUCAAAUAAUACAUAGAUUAACAGAUAUCAUUUUACGUGCUAUCGAUGAAAGUGAAGAACGAUGUAGUAAUGAUAUUAAAAAGAUGCUUGAAAUUGAAGAACGUGUAUUUACACUUGAUCCUUAUUACAUGGAUACAGUGAAUAAAAUCAAAAAGAAAUGGCAAGAAUAUCACGAUAGCGUUAAGUUAAAUGGCAAUACGAAAGUUCCAUCGACAUUCACUAUCAAUGAUUUUGUAAUAAAUGUGAGUGGUCUUUCAAAUGAACAUCAAGCAGCAUUAGAUGUUCAAAUAGCUAUGUCAGCUUACUGUCGUGUAGUCGAAAGGCGUAUUGUUGAUCAGGUCUCUCAACUUUGUUAUUAUUGGUUUAUCAAUCGAUGCGCUCUUGUACUCGACUCAAAACUGAGCUCGGCAUUUACAUCGGCUAUUUUGUUUGAAUGGAUGCGUGAACCAUUCGAUCAACAGCAAAAACGUGAGAAUUUGAAGAAAAGUACAGAUGCAAUGGAAAGGGCAUUAGUUAUGGGACAGAAUGCAUAA